AUGGAUUUAAUAUAUGAAAAAGAUGGAUUAUUAUCUAUUGAUAUAGAUGAAUUAGGUGUACGACCACCGAAUUGGAUUGAUAUUGAUAAUUCAAUAAAUGAUUAUAAUGGAACAGAAAAAACACUUGAUUUUACAGUUUAUUCAGCUGAAAUACAAUUUAUAAAUAAUGGAAAAAAAUUAACAACUAAUGAAGAUGAUUCAUCAAUGUCAGAUGAUGAUGCUUGUUAUGAUUUUGAUAUAGAUCCUGAAACCGGUGAGAAAAUCUUUCGUGAAUCGACUUUAAUAUCAAACACUUCUCCUACACCAAGCGAUAAAUGGAUCGAAGAAUAUUUAUCUAAUAUUGAAGCAUCAUCUAAUCAAAUUUUACCAAUUACAACAGCAGAUAAUAGCGAAUUGGUUCUUGAUAAUAUUCCUAAUUUAUUAUUUGAUAAUAUUGACGAGCAAACUGACUCAGAUUGGUUUUCAAGUUUAUUGAAUCUUGAUAAAAGUACUGACGGUAUCAUGUUUACAAAUUCAAAUCAAUUUAUAGAUAACAAUGAAGAUACAUCAAAUGAAAUAACAACAACAGUGUCAUCAUCAUCAUCAAGUGUUAUUCCAUUAUCCAAUGAAAAUAUUACUAAUAAUAAUGAAUCGACAUUAAUAAAUCCUUUAAGUGUUUUAGUCGAUGAUGAAUAUUCAAAUUAUAGUGAAACAACAUUUGAUGAUACAAAAUCGGAAAAAAUUGAAUCAGAUGGAGAUUCAAUAUCACAUAUGAUGCAAAGACGCACAAGUACACGUUCAAAUUAUCAAGGACAACAAGAUGAAGAUGCUUUACAUCAAUAUAAUAUUCCAUUAACUUCAUAUGAAAUAACUCAAUCAAGUACAGAAGAAUAUAAUCGUCAUUUAGCACGUUUAAAUUAUUUAACUCCAGAACAAAUACAUAUUAUAAAAGAUAUUCGUCGUCGUGGAAAAAAUAAAAUUGCAGCACAAAAUUGUCGAAAACGAAAAGCAAUUGGUGUUGAAUCUUUAUCAGACGAAGUUGACGAACUUAAACGCAUUAAACAUGAAUUAGAAGAAAGAAAAAUAGCAAUCUUACAACAAAUUACUGAAACACGUAGACAAUAUGAAUAUCUUCAUCAACAAGUUUUGCCAGAUCGUCAAUUACCACCAGCAAUAAUUGUUAAAUAA